AUGGAACCCCAGAACAUCACAUGGGUGUCAGAAUUUAUUCUGUUAGGGUUCUCACAGACUCAAGAACUCCAAAAACUCCUAUUUGUGGUGUUCCUGUUUGUCUACAUCACCACUGUGGUGGGAAACAUCCUUAUCAUGGUCACUGUGACCUUUGAUCCCCGGCUGGACAUGCCUAUGUAUUUUCUGCUCCGAAAUCUGGCCGUCAUAGACCUCAGCUAUUCCACAGUCACCUCCCCCAAGAUGUUGGUGGACUUCUUUCACAGAACAAAGACCAUCUCCUACCAGGGCUGCAUGGCCCAGAUCUUCUUCUUCCACCUCCUGGGAGGUGGGACUGUCUUCUUCCUCUCUGUGAUGGCCUAUGACCGCUACAUAGCCAUCUCCCGGCCCCUCCACUACAUCUCCAUCAUGAACACCAGGCUGUGUGUGGGGCUGGUGGUGGCUGCCUGGGUAGGAGGCUUUGUCCAUUCCAUUGUCCAGCUGUUGCUGAUGCUCCCACUGCCCUUCUGUGGCCCCAAUGUCCUGGAUAACUUCUACUGUGAUGUCCCCCAAGUGCUGAGACUCGCCUGCACGGACACCUCCCUCCUGGAGUUCCUCAUGAUCUCCAACAGUGGGAUGCUGGUCCUCAUCUGGUUCCUCCUCCUCCUCAUCUCUUACACUGUCAUCCUGGUCAUGCUGAGGUCGCAUUCAGGCCAGGCCAGGCGGAAGGCGGCUUCCACCUGCACCACCCACAUCAUCGUGGUGUCUAUGAUCUUCAUUCCCUGCAUCUAUAUCUAUUCUCGGCCAUUCACUCCUUUUCCCUUGGACAAGGCUGUGUCCAUCAGCUACACAGUCUUGACCCCCAUGCUCAACCCCAUGAUCUACACCCUCAGGAACCAGGAGAUGCAGAUAGCCAUGAAGAGACUAGCAAAGCGCUUAGUGCUUAGUAAAGGGGAUGAACUUUGA